UCUCCUGCCCUUGCGAGAACUAUUAAAAUACCAAGAAUGAUGGGACAUUUGCUCAGUUCUCGAUUCCCCGUUCUUCCUCCAUGCAAGAGUUUAACGCAAGUGCAGAAUGGCUUCAUCCGUGUUAAAGAAAGAAUCAAGUAUCAGCUUGCAGUACAGUUGUAAGGAGUGGGAACUAACACUUGAGGCCAGAUAUGGCAUUGAUGGGGAAGAAAGAAUGGAGGUUGAUAAUGAACCUGCUGACCAACUUCCACAUAAAUUACAUCUGAAAGUGAGGGGGACACAGGGGUGGGAGUUGUCCUAUGUUUAUCCAGGGAUCCAAGAUGAUGUUAGACAGAUGCAUGGUGUCCUACGAAUGUUUAUGAACUCACCUCAGGUUAUCAUGAAAACUGUCCGGUGUAUCAUUUGUUACCUUUUGGAAAAGGAUACCCAUGCAGGUAUUCAUUUGGUUCCUGAAAAUGAACAACUUUUAAUAACAAAAGUGGAUGAACAUGAAAGGACAUCAACCUUCAGCUACAGAAGUGACCCUGGAAGUGACAUGAUCUUUCCUUUUGAAUGUAAACAAAUCAACAAUUUUGUUGCUGUUUAUCGGCAGAGGUUUUGGCUUACAAGUGUCCUGUGGCUGCUGUCAGAAUUGGCUAUAGAACAGUUUGGGCAGCAAGGCUAAAGUCCCAAGAAACCCAAACAAGACU